CCCGGCCCCAGAGAAGAGGAGUGGUCUUAUAGGGGCAACAGGAAGAGGGGAGGGUGUCCUUGAGCUAACAUCAGACUUCCCCUUCCUCCCCCUGCUUGCUUCUGGGGGUCCUUCCUGGAGCGGGAGGCCGGAUACUGGCCAGCGGUUGCUUCAGAGCGCGCCCUGACCCUUGCUGACCUUUGGGGACUUGGGGAAGUGCGGGAUUGGUCCCCAGGAGCCGGGCUCUGCGUGCCUUGGCCAGGGUGGAAGAGCCCGGCAGCGCGCCAAGAAGCUGUUGCGCACAGACAGGACCUUCCUUGUCUCUGAUAGCGACACGGCGGGAGCCCAGCGCCUCGUGCGCCCCUGGCGCUGCCAGUGCGCCCAGAGCCAGCUCGGCGGCACCCGCUGGGAAGCCCAGGGCUCUAUGGGGCCUCCGUGAAGGCCCCCUUGCGGGCUGGCUCGAGGGGUCUCGGGAGCCAUCAUGAUACAGGAUGCUUCUCUCGGUCCUCUGGGCCCUUCGCUCAGUGCUCUGCUCCUGGGCAGGCUCGCGACCAGUAUGGCCCCCACGCUGGAGGAGGCGUACCGGAGGCGCUGGUGGAUGGCGUGCACGGCCGUGCUGGAGAACCUCUUCUUUUCCGCGGUGCUCCUGGGCUGGAGCUCCCUGCUGAUCAUGCUCAAGAACGAGGGCUUCUAUUCCAGCAUGUGUUCAGCUGUGAACACCACCAACACCAGCCAGGAUGAGCAGCACCAGUGGCUGAGCUGUAACCAGCAGGAAGAGAUGCUCAACCUGGGCUUCACCAUCGGCUCCUUCGUGCUCAGCGCCACCACCCUGCCGCUGGGGAUCCUCAUGGACCGCUUCGGGCCCCGGCCCAUGCGGCUGAUUGGCAGCGCCUGCUUCGCUGCAUCCUGCACCCUCAUGGCCCUGGCCUCUUGGGACACCAAAGUUCUGUCUCCGUUGAUAUUCCUGGCCCUGUCCCUGAAUGGUUUUGGUGGCAUCUGCCUAACAUUCUCUUCACUCACACUGAUCUAUGAUGCCGGCGUGUCCUUCAUGACCAUCAUGUUUACCUGGUCAAGCCUGGCCUGCCUCAUCUUUCUGAACUGUGCCUUCAACUGGCCGAGUGAAGCCUUUCCCUCGCCGGAGGAAGUCAACUACAAGGAGAAGAUCAAGCUCAGAGGGCUGGCCCUGGAUCACAAGGUGACAGGUGACCGCUUCUACACCUAUGUGACCACUGUGGGCCAGCGGCUGAGCCAGAAGGCCCCCAGCCUGGAGGAGGGGGCAGACAUCUUCAUCUCGUCCCAGGACGUUCGUGACAUCUCAGAAAAGUCUGCUGAGAAGUCCAUGCCCUUGCGCAAGAGCCUCUGCUCCCCCAUCUUCCUGUGGAGCCUCCUCACCAUGGGCAUGACCCAGCUGCGGAUCAUUUUCUACAUGGCUGCGAUGAACAAGAUGCUGGAGUACAUCGUGACUGGCGGCCAGGAGCAUGAGACGGACGACCUGAAACAAAGGGUGACGGAGACAGUUGAGUUCUACUCGUCCGUCUUUGGGGCCAUGCAGCUGUCGUGCCUUCUCACCUGCCCUCUCAUUGGCUACAUCAUGGACUGGCGGAUCAAGGACUGCGUGGACACCCCCACUGCUAGGGACGGCGUGGCCACCAAGUCCGUCAGACCACGCUACCGCAAGAUCCAAAAGCUCUCCAAUGCCAUCAACGCCUUCACUCUAACCAACCUUCUGCUCGUGGGUUUCGGCAUCACGUGCCUCAUCGACAGCUUACACCUCCAGUUUUUGACCUUUGUCCUGCACACCAUGGUCCGAGGCUUCUACCACUCGGCCUGUGGAGGCCUCUACGCGGCAGUGUACCCGUCCAACCACUUCGGGACACUGACGGGCCUGCAGUCCCUCAUCAGUGCUGUGUUUGCCCUGCUCCAGCAGCCGCUUUUCAUGGCCAUGGUGGGACCCUUGAAAGGAGAGCCCUUCUGGGUGAAUCUGGGCCUCCUGCUGUUCUCACUGCUGGGAUUCCUGCUACCUUGCUACCUCUUCUACUAUCGCACCCGGCUCCAGAGGGAGUACAUCACCCACUGGGAGGGCCCCCUGAAGGUGCUUGGCAGCCCUGAGGUGACUGCCUAGGCCUCUGAGGGGCCUGGGUGACAGGCAGUCAAGGCCUGAGCAGCCAAAGGGAAUGCCUCGUGGCUUUUCUACUUGUAACCUCCGCACAGAGCCAGGCGCCAGGGACCUAUAAAUACCAAGAGAAGUUCUAUUUUUGUAGGGACUUGAUAAAAAGGAAAAAAAAAUCCCCAAAGCAGCAUUCCGUGGACUGAAGAUGUCCCCCGUGCUAGGAUCAGACCUUCUUGCUCCUGGGAUUGGAGGAGACCAGGGUGCAGCCCUGCCCUUUCUCUGGGCCUAGGGGUCUGCCUGCUGCUGCCUCCUGGGGGCUUGUGGGAUCAGUGAACAGGUGACCCCUAAGAUCUCAGCCGUGCAGUGUCCAGAGUGUGCAGGCAUGUGUGUGUGCAUGUGGGUAUGAAAAUCCCUGCCCCUCAGAGGAGAGGGGCCUGAGGUGCUGGCUGUGUCCUGAAUGCUGCCGCGUGGGCGGUAAGCCCCUUCCCGAGGCUGGAGGGUGGGUUCCCUCCCUGCUGCUGCUGCUGCUUGCAGAUCUUAGAGGAAAUAAAAAGGGAAGUGAGAGGCUGG